AUGUCUGGCGAACACUCCUUCAUGGCCAACCCAGCGCCCUCUGCACCGCCACCGCUGGCUGCGCAGCCCAGUAAUGGGACGCCACCCUCGGCGAGCUCACAGAACGUGCCUCCCGGACACCCUUCUUUUAGGCGGCAGCGCGCCAGUAGAGCAUGCGAAAGUGAGUUUGUCAUGCUAGUCUUUCCUUUGCACCUCCCCCUACUUCGCGUUGUUGCGACAGCAGGUAGUCGACGCCUGUUCGUUCUUAUAUCCGUCCAACGCCUUGUCCGAUGCGACGCCGCCUCGCUCGGCAUCCCCUGCACCAACUGCACCGCCUUCUCCAUCGAGUGCCGCAUCCCCCAGCCCAAGCGCAAGAAGACACAGGGGCCAAGACCAAAGAUCGAGGGAAGUGAGCGAGCAGAAAGCGAAGAGCGCUCUCCGGCAAGCGCCUCGGUGGAACCACGAGACAAGCCGGCCCUAUACAGCUCGGAAGAUGGUACGCCCUCUACGACUCUGUCGAGCGCCUAUGCGGCUCAGCAGGCGACCCACAAUGGCACCUAUGUGCAGUUCAUGAAGCCCAAGUUCGCCAGAGCACCCAUCAAAGAAGCCGGCAGGGUCGCCUACUUGGGCGAAUCCUCCAAUCUCUCCCUCCUCGUACACGACCAUGGCACCACCGACGUCGUCCACUAUCCGCUGCCCGAGAACGUGCGAGGGGCCAAAGCGCGCGUCAAUGAGAUGGACAAUAUGGAAAUCGAGAUAUUGCACCAGCGAGGCGCCUUCCUGCUCCCCCCACGAGCCCUCUGCGAUGAGCUGGUCGAGGCCUUCUUCAAGUGGGUGGCUCCAGUCGUACCCGUCAUCAACCGCAGCCGCUUCAUGCGUCAAUAUCGAGACCCCAAAAACCCUCCCUCACUCCUUCUUCUGCAGGCUGUCCUCUUGGCUGGAUCGAGAGUUUGCACAAAUGCCCAAUUGAUGGACUCCAGUGGCUCGACAACGCCUGCUGCCAUGACCUUUUACAAGCGCGCCAAGGCUCUCUUUGACGCCAAUUUUGAGGACGAUCGUGUGACGAUUGUACAGGCACUCAUCUUGAUGGGAUGGUACUGGGAGGGUCCAGAGGAUGUGACCAAAAACGUCUUCUACUGGACGAGAGUCGCUAUUGUCGUUGCGCAAGGUUCGGGCAUGCACCGCAGUGUUGAGGGUUCACAGCUCAGUCGGUCAGACAAACGCCUUUGGAAGCGCAUUUGGUGGACCUUGUACAGCCGUGAUCGGUCGGUAGCCGUUGCGCUUGGUAGGCCUGUCGCGAUUGACCCCGAGGACUCCGAUGUCGAAAUGGUCUCUGAAGAUGACUUUAUCGAUGACGAAGUCGACCAUGGUGCAGAGUAUCCGCCGGAUCCCGUUCAUGUCCAGUUCUUCAUCAAUUACGUCAAGCUGAGCGAGAUCAUGGGCUUGGUCUUGUCACAGCAAUACUCGGUCGCAUCAAAACAUCGUAGAGCCAACGCUAUUGACCUCACACACAGUGACAUGGCUCUCGCAGAUUGGUUGCAGCAUUGCCCUCCAGAAGUUCAGUGGGACCGACAACACCAUCACUUCUGGGCUGCUCUGUUGCAUGCUAAUUACUACACAACGCUUUGUCUUCUACAUCGGGCACAUAUGCCACCAGCUGGAUCACCAAAAGGCAACAAUCUUGAUGGGUUUGGCGAAGAACAUGCAUAUCCCAGCAGAAACAUUGCUUAUCAAGCUGCCGCCAUGAUCACGUCCAUCAUCGAGAACCUGCGAGCUCACAACGAGAUACGGUAUACUCCUGCGUUUAUUGUUUACAGCUUGUUCUCGGCGCUCAUCAUGCACGUCUACCAAAUGAAGUCGUCAAACAAGUCGAUCGUCUCAGCAACAGAACAGCGAAUUCAGAUUUGCCUGGACGCGCUAAAAGAGGUCUCCAAAGUAUGGCUAGUCGCGAAGAUGGUACACACACUGUUUGAGUCCAUAUUGGGCAAUAAGCAUCUCGAAGAGCGCUUGCAAAAGGCUGCCGGUCGGAACCAUAAGAAGAACAAGGUGCCGAGCGCUCCGCCACCACCACCUAAGCCAGCACAAGAGGCGCCUAAGCGCAAGUUUGACGACAUGGAUCUUGGCUUCCCUGCUACAAAUGGCCCACCCGCUCCUCAGGUUUCCUAUGAGCGAUCCAGGCCUCAGACCCCGGCGGUGACUCCGUCUCGAGAGAUGCCUCCCCAGCAGAUGCCUCAGAUGACGACAGGCUCACCGCAGAUGAGUCGUCAAAACCAUGACGCAUUCAUGGGACCUUCGCGAUCUGGAACUCGUCCAACAACCCCUUUUAAUCCAUCGUAUUCUUACCCAGGCACGCCCCCAGACUUGUUCUUGGUGACCCGCGACACUCCCAACAUUAGUCAGGAAGUUUGGCAAAACUUUCAGCCAGACCACCUAUUCCCAGCAGACACGCAAGUCGCUUUCCCGGUUCAGAGCCAUAGCCUUGUGGACCCAGCCCUAAGUCAGCCGCAGAACAUGCCCAUGCAUCAACAAUCCCAGCAACAGGGUAGCCAACAAUCCAUGCAAAAUGGGCCAUCCGGUAUAGGUAUGCCCAAUACAUACGACCCCAACCAACAAACAUGGACACAACAGCUCGAGUCCAUGUCACAAAACCAGCAACAGCAUAACGCACAAGACGACACAUGGAGUCAAAGCUCUGGGGGCAGACACAAUCCAAUUGUUCCGAUGAGCUUGAAUGUGGAUGACUGCAAGCAAGAGGGCAGAAGCGAUGAUGUCAAGGCCAUCAGCCGGAUUUGGACUGCGUAUCGCAUCGCGAACCUCCAUGACGAAAGCACGCGAACAGAGUCUCCUAUUCUGCUCCCGGCAUUACACCACUCCAUUCUCGAUACUGCACCGUUACGAUUCACCGACCCACCACUGCCUGAAUGCAUUUCUUGCUCCUUCCUGGCAGAGCACGAUAUUUCGCGAGACCGUGAAUCGCAGUCAAACAACGACGCUUCCCGACGUUCUUUCCGAAACUACGAUCCCAGCGCCUCAUUACCCCACGUAGCGCCUUGUACACACUUUCAAUUCAGAACUGUGGCUGACAGAACAACUUCCAGAGAUUCGAGUGCACCACCAGUACAAAGACGCGACCCAAACAUGUUCCAAUCGCAACAAAACGCAGGCCGUGGUGCCCCACUCGGAGCGAACAGGCUCCAGAAUGGCAAGCUCGGCGGCUCUUCACAAUGGGGCUUUGGAUCUCCCAUGGGCGGUGCGCCAGGACUCCCGAAUGCGCAGUCGAGGGCAAAUGGAGGCGCCAUGUCGAGCUUUGCACAAGCAAUGGGUGCCUCUCAUACUCCACUAAAUCUCGAGGAAUUUCCUUCGUUGUCUGGCGCCCCGCAAGCGCAACAAAAUACUUCGGCACAGCAAAUGUGGUCGAACCCCACGAUACGGUCGAAUCAGCAACAAACUAUACAGCGACCACAGGGACAGGGACAGGGACAGCAACAAGGGCAGAUUGGCCAGGGUGCAAAUCAGCAGCAGCAGCAACAGCAGAACCAGACCCAGGACGACUCGUCACAGAGCCAGUUCUCAAGCGUCGGCGACGACUAUCGCUUUGGCGGUGCUGGCGGGGUCGGACAACUCUCAGGUGGGGCUCAGCCACAGACGGGCAAUAUAGAAGAGUUCCCGCCUUUAGGCGGUGCUGCGGGAGAAAUUGGACCAGACCGUAGAGCGGGGCUGAUACAAAAUGCUGCAGCUUUUGGGAGCAAUCCCAGUACGGGCGCCUUCCCAGGCCUUGGACAGACGCGCAACGGUUUAUCGAGUCCAACGGACAGCCAGCAGGACCGCACCAUCAACCCCACAGUAGGUGGGCGGGGCUUGCCGGGUGCAGGUAAGCUGUCAAAGGCCGAACUUGAGGAACACUCACUCACCAAGCCAGUGUCGCGAACGCCUUUUGAAUAUAUGCGAGCAAAUCCGCAAAAUGUACAAGAAGGUGGUCAACGAACGGGACAAGCACCCAGCAAUUUGUCGUUUUUAGGGCCUCAGGCCAACCGAACUGCUGGCGACCUGGCUCCGGGUGCUCAACGUCCACAGCAAAGCCAAUUUGAGCAGACCUUUGGAGGCGAAGGUAUCGGCUCACCAAAUACGCAACCCCUUCACAAGAAGCUUGCAGACAUGACAGACUCGGAAAGAUAUGGCCUGCCAGGGUUGCUGGCCAUGAUCCCGCUCGAAAGUCCAGACUACUCAUCGCUCGCCAUGGGACAAGAUCUCACAGUCCUGGGUUUAGAGCUCAGUCGACCCGACCACUCCCCCCUCCAUCCAACCUUUGGCUCCCCCUUUGUGGAAUCCACCUCCAAGCCCGUGAUCCCCCCUUCCUUUACCCUACCCGCCGCCUACACGGUCACCAAUGUCCCACCCCUGCACUCGAAAAUGUCCUCCUUCUCCGCUGAAACUCUGCUCGCCAUCUUCUACCAGUUUCCGCGCGACAUCUUGCAGGAGAUUGCAGCGGCGGAAUUGUACAAUCGCGAUUGGAGGUGGCAUAUCAAUCUGCGACAGUGGAUGAUGAAGGAUCCUGAUCUACCGGCGCCGAUUCGGUUGAGUCCGAAGGAGGAGAGGGGAUGGUACUUGUUCUUUGACGUUGGGAAUUGGAGGAGAGAGAGGAGAGAAUUCGAACUCAACUACGAUCACCUGGACCAGCGCCAUGGGAGCCCGGCUAUGGCUGGGCAGAUGUAA